AUGCUUUCCACGAAUUUGGCGACGUGGGCGUCGCUUCUCGCAUGUCUUCCAGCCACUCUCGCUUUUCAGACUAAUAAUCACGCUCGUGUUACAAGAAGCUUGAAGAGACAUGCUGGCCACGGCCACACACCACCGACCGACACCAAUUCAUCGAACAUUUACGAAACGAGAUUCCCCGGCGUCACCUGGGACAAUGACAACUGGGUUCUUGCGACGACGACACUAGACCAGGGACACUAUCAGUCCCGUGGCUCGGUGGCCAAUGGCUACCUGGGCAUUAAUGUCGCCAGCGUUGGCCCAUUCUUUGAGCUGGACACCCCGGUGUCCGGUGAUGUGAUUAACGGCUGGCCCCUGUUUUCCAGAAGACAGAGCUUUGCGACCAUUGCCGGCUUCUUCGACUUUCAGCCCACUACUAAUGGCUCGAACUUCCCCUGGCUGAACCAGUAUGGAGGCGAGAGUGUCAUCAGUGGGGUUCCGCACUGGAGCGGGUUGGUUCUCGAUCUCGGGGAUGAUACUUACCUGGAUGCUGCCGUUGACAACGAGACCAUCUCUGGCUUCCAGUCUGCUUAUGACUUUAAGUCUGGCGUGUUGUCUUGGUCCUACACAUGGACUCCAACGGAUGACAAGGGCUCGUUCAACAUCACAUACCGCCUGUUUGCCAACAAGCUGCAUAUCAAUCAAGCCGUGGUCGACAUGGAGAUUACGCCCUCCCAGGAGUCGCAAGCGACGGUCGUCAAUGUCAUCGAUGGAUACUCGGCUGUUCGUACGGAUUUUGUGGAGUCGGGUGAGGACGAUGGCGCUAUCUUCUCGGCUGUGCGGCCCUGGGGAAUCGCGAACGUGACGGCCUAUGUCUACGCCAACCUGACUGCCUCCAAGAACGUGGAUCUGGCCUCUCACACUCUUGUCGCUGACAAGCCGUAUAUCCACACCAACGAGUCGUCGGUUGCGCAGGCUGUCCGCGUUAACUUCCGUGCUAACGAAACUGUCCGCAUCACCAAGUUUGUCGGUGCUGCUUCCUCUGAUGCAUUCCCCGACCCACAAAAGACAGCCAAACAGGCUGUGUCUGCAGCAUUGGGGGCUGGUUACAUGGAAUCGCUGCAGUCACAUGUCGCUGAAUGGGCAGAUAUCCUCCUCGAUGGCUCGGUGGAUAGCUUUGUUGAUCCAGUGACUGGAAAACUUCCAGACGACGAGCACAUAGUCAAUUCGCAGGUUAUCGCCGUCGCCAACACGUACUACCUUCUGCAGAACACCGUCGGCAAAAAUGCUACCACAGCGGUCUCCGAUGCUCCGGUCAAUGUCGACAGUAUCUCUGUGGGCGGAUUGACUUCGGACUCGUAUGCGGGCCAGGUCUUCUGGGAUGCCGACGUCUGGAUGCAACCGGGUCUGGUGGCCUCUCAUCCUGAGGCUGCGCAGCGGAUAACCAAUUUCCGAGUCGUGCAGUAUCAACAGGCACUCGAGAAUGUCAACACUGCUUUCACGGGCUCGAAGAACCAAACCUCCUUCUCGCCGUCGGCGGCUAUCUAUCCGUGGACAAGUGGCCGGUUCGGCAACUGUACCGGUACCGGUCCUUGUUGGGACUACCAGUAUCACUUGAAUGGUGAUAUCGGGCUUUCGCUGAUGUAUCAGUGGAUUACAAGCGGCGAUACCAAGGUCUUCCGCGAGCAACAUUUCCCCAUCUAUGACUCCAUCGCGACCCUGUACUCGAACCUUGUUGAGCGCAAUGGAUCCUCGUGGACGUUGACCAACAUGACUGAUCCGGAUGAAUAUGCCAAUCACAUUGACGCCGGUGGCUUCACCAUGCCUCUCAUCUCGGAGACACUGGGCUAUGCCAAUACAUUCCGCAAGCAAUUCGGUCAUGAACAGAAUGAGACCUGGAGUAAGAUUGCAGAGAACGUCCUUGUCAUCCGCGAGAACGACGUGACACUAGAGUACACCACUAUGAAUGGCACUACGGUUGUGAAGCAGGCUGAUGUGGUUCUCGUCACGUAUCCUUUGGUUUACGACAACAACUACACUUCCGAGUACUCGUUGAACGAUCUCGACUUUUAUGCCAACAAGCAGUCUCCUGACGGACCUGCCAUGACAUGGGCUAUCUUUGCUAUUACCGCCAACGAUGUCUCGCCCUCUGGCUGCUCCGCUUACACUUACCAUCAAAACUCUUAUGACCCAUACAUGAGAGCGCCCUUUUUCCAGCUUUCAGAGCAGACGAUCGAUGAUGCUAGCAUCAAUGGCGGUACCCAUCCAGCCUAUCCUUUCUUGACGGGACACGGCGGUGCCAAUCAAGUGGUCCUCUUCGGAUAUCUCGGUCUGAGACUGCUUCCGGAUGAUGCUAUUCAUAUCGACCCCAACCUGCCUCCACAGAUCCCCAACGUCGCCUACCGUACGUUCUAUUGGCACGGAUGGCCCAUCUCAGCAAGCUCGAACCGGACCCAUACAACCAUCAGUCGGGCCACCAAGAUUGCCCCUCUCGACACUGCUGACCCUCGCUUUGCCAACGUAUCUAUCCCCGUCCUUGUUGGAUACGACACCAACGCGACGGCCUACCACCUCCCACCCUCCGGUCCUUUGACUGUCCGCAACAGGCAGAUUGGACUCAACAACACCAUUCCCGGCAACAUCAUCCAGUGCCGCCCGGUGUAUUCCCCCGACGACUACGCCCCUGGCCAGUUCCCCAUCGCCGCCGUUGACGGCGCAACCUCGACAAAGUGGCAGCCCGCGACCACCAACACAAGCGCGCUUACCGUGACACUGCCCGACGCCGAGGUCAACUCCGUGGUCUCUGGCUUCCACUUCGACUGGUGGCAGGCUCCCCCCGUCAACGCGACCGUCAUCUUUCACGAUGAGACGCUCGAGGAUCCAGUUACUGCGCUGUCUUCCUCCCACGGCAACCCUCAAUACACAGUCAUCACCACGCUAACGAACAUCGAACUAUCCCAGCCCUACAAUGCGGAGAGCUCCGACCUCAACAAGGUGGCCAUGCCAACGGGUAACACGACUGAUGUCCAGCUAUCCAGCACCGUGCACGCAGCCCGCUACGCUACGCUCCUCAUCUCCGGUAGCCAGGGCGACGGUGACGCCGGUGCCACCGUUGCCGAGUGGGCUAUUCUCGGUCAGGAGAAGGAGUCAUCCGGCCACGACAAUGGUAAGAGGAGGCUGGAUGUGAGAAGUGCCGCUGCGCUCUCGGGUAGCCUGGAUGACCGCCGCGCGAGACGUUUCACUGCUUAA